GGGUUGGGGCCUAUAAAUACCCCACCCAUUCAGCACUGAAAAGAUACAGACCCACACCGAAAUCUUGAUCUUUUCUGUGAUUCUAAGAGCUCAAAAGUGUUGUAAAGCCUUUAAGUCUCCUCCUUCUGUUCUUCAAGUUUUCAGUUGUAAAGUGAGGAGAGAAAGGUCUGUAAAGGUUGUCUCCUGAGCCUGUUAAAAGGAGAGAAACUGUAAAAGGGCAGUUUGGCCUUCGCCCAUUGAAGGAAGGCCUCUAGUUGACGUCGGCAACCUCGUCGGUGGAGGAAGCCAAAAGUGGAGUAGGUCAAGGCUGACCGAACCACUCUAAAUCUCUGGUUUGCGUUUAUUUUUGAGCACUUUAUCAUUACUGCAAACCUCCUCCAUUACUACUGCUCUCUGCGCUUUCACGAACAAGUUCUAAGUGCUGUUCUUCCGAAUCUGCAUUCAGACGUAAAUUCGUAUUUUCGUACAUUACAGUUUACGUUUACGUUUGAUUCUGCAGAACUGUCUUCCGUGCUUUUACGAAAGAGUUUCCUUGCAGUUUACACUUACAUUUUGAUCCUAUUGAUAACUGCAAACUGUCCUCUACAAUUUUACGAACGAGUUUCAACAUUUAGACGUAAAACUGCAUUUAGACGUAAAUCGGCUUUCCUCUCACAAUCAUCAGUUCUCAGUUCACGUUUACGUCUUGAUUUCAACUGCAUACUGCCUUCUGCGAGUAUACAAACGAGUUUCAGAGUUUAGACGUAAAUCUGCGUUUAGACGUAAAACUGCGUUUAGACGUAAAUCUGCGUUUAGACGUAAAACUGCGUUUAGACGUAAAACUGCGUUUAGACGUAAAUCUGAGCUUAGACGCAAUCUGCGCUUAGACGCAAACUGCACUUAGAUACAAACUGAGAAUUAGCCUUUGCAUCAUAAUAGUUUUUUUUUUAUUGAACGAACGCAGCUUUUGGUUUUUAAUCGCUGUAAGAUUUCCGCUGCACUAAUUCACCCCCCCCUCUUAGUGCUCUCGAUCCUAACACUUUGAACAUGAAAAGUCAGCAAAGAUUGAAGCAAACUAUGCAGCCGAUUCAGUUGAAAUUGAAGGAUCACUUCAUGAAGCUGAACAUAUGGGGAAGUGAUGUAAUCAUAAGGGCCCAAAAAGCACCAUAUCUGCUAGUUGAAGUUUUUUUUUUUUUGUGUGUUUUUAUUCAUCCCUAUUUCUUGGCUAUUUUUGUCUUCUCUAAAGGUUUUCAUUUGAUAUGUCAUAUCAGGAUGUUGCUCAUGAAGCCAUCAUCUUGCAACUAAAUGUAUCUUUACAAAAUUUGAUACGGUUUAGUAUGGAUUUGGUGGUUAAAUAUGGAAGACUAAAAUUCAGCCUGUCUUGUGGCUCAUACAACAAGUACUGAUAUAUGAAGUGAUGAGAACUAUGACUAUGAUUGAGAGAUGGGGAUGGUAGCAACUGAAGACUUUGCUAAAAUAUGCUCAUCUUUUUCAGUGCCCAUAUAUAGUUAUAGCAGGAGAGAGCACAAAUUAUAUUGUUGAAUUAUCUUUUGUUAAUGUAAGGCAGGUACUUUUAACUUGAUGCAAUUCUGGGACGUUAUCUGAGUUAUAAUUUUUGCUUUUUACAUGUUUGCACAUUUUAUAGUAUCAGUCUGGUCCUUCAUUCUUUUCGAUGCUCAAGUCCCACAACAAUUGUAACUCUGGCAGGGAUAAUCACAGCUUGAAUAUUGUUAUCUGGUUAAUUCUUAAUUCCCACUGUAGGUUUCCCUGUUUGGUUACGUGACAUUCCUGGCAUUGUAUUUCGAACAAAAAAUAAACCAUUUGAGGAUGAGAUGCAGAAAUUUGUCAAGAAGAUUGUUGAUAUGAUGAAACAGGAAAAUCUUUUCUCAUGGCAAGGUGGUCCAAUCAUCUUAUUGCAGAUUGAGAAUGAAUAUGGAAAUAUUGAAGGGCAGUAUGGUCAAGGUGGCAAAGAGUAUGUUAAAUGGGCUGCUGACAUGGCACUUACCCUUGAUGCUGGCGUACCAUGGGUUAUGUGCAGGCAAAGUGAUGCUCCUGAAACUAUUAUCGAUUCCUGCAAUGCAUUUUAUUGCGAUGGUUUUAGGCCAAACUCUUACAGGAAGCCAGCUCUUUGGACUGAGGACUGGAAUGGAUGGUAUGCUUCUUGGGGUGGAAGGGUGCCUCAUAGACCUGUUGAAGACAAUGCUUUUGCUGUUGCUCGUUUUUUCCAAAGGGGGGGAAGCUUUCACAACUACUACAUGUUUUUUGGUGGAACAAAUUUUGGUCGGACAGCUGGUGGUCCCUUACAAACAACUAGUUAUGAUUAUGAUGCUCCGGUUGACGAAUAUGGCCUUUUGGCUCAGCCUAAGUGGGGACAUCUGAAGGAUUUGCAUGCAGCUAUUAAGCUUUGUGAACCAGCUCUUGUUGCCGUUGAUGAUGCACCACAAUAUGUAAAAUUGGGUUCAAUGCAAGAAGCACAUAUAUAUUCCAGUGGUUUUGUAGACACAAGAAAAAGUCUUCCACAGAAUGUGAGCAUUUGCUCAGCGUUUCUUGCAAAUAUCGAUGAAAGAAAAACAGUUACUGUGCAAAUUUUUGGUGGAUCUUAUUCUCUGCCACCCUGGUCUGUAAGCAUUUUGCCAGAUUGCAAACAUGUGGUUUUUAACACUGCAAAGGUAGCUACUCAAACUUCAAUCAAAACAGUUGAAUCUGCUUCUCCUAGCUUUUCAAACACAACUGGAACCGGAGAUAUAAUUCUUUAUGACAAAGAUACUUAUAUUUCGAAGACAUGGAUGACUUUUCAUGAGCCAAUUGGUGCAUGGGGCGAUAACAGCUUCAACUAUCAAGGCAUAUUAGAGCAUUUAAAUGUUACAAAGGACAUCUCCGAUUAUUUGUGGUACUCUACAAGAAUAAAUAUAACUGAUGAAGAUAUUACAUUUUGGGGGGAAAAGGGCAUUUAUCCGUUGCUUACGAUUGACAAAGCACGUGACGUGGUUCGAAUUUUUGUGAAUGGUCAUCUUUCAGCCAGUCAAGUUGGUAAAUGGGUUCCAGUGAAAGAGCCAAUUCAUCUGGUUCAGGGAUCCAAUGAUUUAGUUUUGUUGUCAGAGACCGUUGGCUUGCAGAAUUAUGGUGCUUUCCUUGAGAAAGAUGGGGCUGGGUUUAGAGGGCAAAUAAAAGUGAGUGGCUUGAAAAAUGGAGAUAUUGACCUUUCUGAUGCCCUGUGGACAUAUCAGGUAGGACUGAAGGGAGAGCUUGCAAAACUAUAUACUCCUGAGAAUCAAGAGAGUGCAGAUUGGAUUGGCGUGCAGCCAGAUUCAAUUCCAUCAUCCUUUACAUGGUACAAGACAACAUUUGAUGCCCCUGAGGGUGACGAUCCCAUUGCCCUCGACUUAGGGAGCAUGGGAAAAGGCGAAGCUUGGGUCAAUGGUCAUGGAAUUGGACGAUAUUGGACACUAGUAGCUCCAAAAAAUGGAUGUCGAGAUUAUUGUGACUAUCGUGGAGCAUACCAUGAAAACAAGUGCACAACCAACUGCGGCCUGCCCACUCAAAGUUGGUACCAUGUUCCAAGAGAAUGGUUACAGGCUUCAAACAAUCUACUAGUGAUAUUUGAGGAAACAGGUGGAAACCCCUGGAAGAUCUCUCUCAGAGUGCACUCCACCUUAACAAUCUGCGCAAGAGUGUGGGAAACCGACUAUCCACCUCUUUCAACCUGGUCACAUCCAGAUUUUGUGAACCGCAAGAAUUUGAUCGAUGAGGUCGCACCAGAGAUGCACUUACGCUGCGACGAAGGGCACGUCAUCUCCGCCAUCACAUUUGCGAGCUAUGGAACACCAAGUGGUAGCUGCCGGAAGUUUUCCCGAGGAAAAUGUCAUGCAGCAAGUUCCCUCUCUGUGGUGACAGAGGCAUGUCAGGGUAGAAAUAAUUGUACAAUCACUGUUUCAAAUAGGACUUUUGGUGAUCCAUGUCGACGCACUACCAAGGCUUUAGCAGUUGAAGCAACAUGCACAUCCAUCACUGCGUACCAAAACGUGUCAUAGAUCUCAAGAAUUAAACUACUCUUAUUGUUGAAGAUCUUCAUGUUCUGGUCAUUGUUAUAUCUAAAGUGUAAGCAUGAAAAUAUGUCUACUAGAAAUCAUGGAAAUAAAUAUUUUAUUGUAUA